CGGGAUCGCUGCCGUUUCUCUGUUUCCUCUCACAGUUAUCUCCAGUUGUUGCGCGCGCCUCUCCCUGCGGGAAACAUGGCAGUUUAGCGGCUUGCAGCGGCAGAAAUCGCAGCGGCUGAUCGGCAGUGCAACGGUCAAGUGCACCGGCUCUAUUUGGCAAAAUGGCGUCUCUCGUGGUGAUCACCCACAGCUCUGCUGCAGUAGACAGCAUAAUCGCACCGUUCACCAGCUCACUAGAACCCCGUCACAAAGUCCCUCUGACCCACAGUCAUGUCUCUAAUGUUCCCGAUGUGUUUGGAGGAUGUGGGGUCCCUGCUCUUGGGACCCUCAUCUCUGAUGGCUGACCCCUUUGGGCCCCUUCUGGACGAUGAUGAGGAGAGUGCUCUAUCAGAGGGGUCUUCAUCGCCCCUGUCCUCUUCUUACGCUGACUCUUCCUCUCUCUCGCCCCUCUCUCCCUGUCCUCACGCUUCUGUAGGGUGUAAGUCAGAGCUGCUGUCGCUCUCCUGGCUUCCUGAGUCUGAGCUGCUCGGAGCACAAUCUGAGCCAGAGCAGAGAUAUGGUGAAGCAUUUUCUGGCAUGGAUUGGAUGACUGAGAAAUUAGACCUGAGCGACUUUGACCUGGAUUCUAUCAUCGGCUCAUGUGAUUCUGACCAGCCGCCCAGUUCUCAAGAAGAGCUGCUGGCUUGUUUGGACACCGAAAUGGACCUGGACCUCGAUUCCCUUCCAUUCAGCUCAUCAGACCCGGUCCUCACUCUGCCCACGCUCCCUCUCGAUCUUCCCCUCUCAGAACCGACAACUGACUCUGAAAAACCAGCAGAACUGGAGUCUGUAGAGAUCAAGUCCGAACCUCCGUCUCCAGUGCCGUCUCUCGAUUCUCCCGUUUCCUCGCCGUACACUCUCGAGUUGGGCGGUGUGCUCGAUGUGUCUGUGGUGAAGUCCUCCACGGUGCUCCAAUCUUCUGGAAUCAUGCUGAAUCUCGCUCCAUCCCACAUCCUGGUGGUCCUGACCCCUGAAGAGGAAGUAAGCGCUGGCGACUCGUCUGACAGCGACAGCGGAAUUUCAGUCUCCGGCUCCCCAGCUCACCAACAAGAACCUGUACCAUCACCUAAGUCCGAGGGCUCCUCCAGAACCAAACCAUACUCCAAACCCAACCCUGAUACAGCACCAGUCGGCACUAGCCGUGUGAAGACCGCGUCCGGCGCUCCUAAAGUGGAGAAGAAACUGAAGAAGAUGGAGCAGAACAAAACCGCAGCGACCCGGUAUCGACAGAAGAAACGGGUCGAGCACGAGAUCCUCAAUUCUGAAUGUGACGAGCUGGAGAAGAGAAACCGUGAGCUCUCGGACAAAGCCAAUUCCAUCAGUCGCGAGAUCCAGUACCUAAAAGGUCUCAUGGAGGAAGUUCGUGCUGCGAAAAACCGCAAGAAACCGAAGGUCAGCUCCGCCUGAGACGGACGGGAUCUAGUCCAGGAUGACAUCAGCUCUCACUUUAGGUUUAGAUGCAUCAUGUUAGCUCACUGAUGUUUGUUACUUGGAAAGUUGUCUGCACUAUUCACUAUUCACAUUUUUACUCUGAAUCGCUAAUCGUCCAGUAAGGGGCCUCACCAGUUGUUACACUGAAUCGUUUGCUGUUGUGCUUGUAAAUAAGCUUCACUUGUGCUAUUUUGCUCUAUUUAAAACUGGCUAAACAUGUUCAAUCUGUCAUGAUGGGGUGUGUUGGCUUGUACGAUUGCUUUGCCGUUUUCUAUUAAAGAUGCCAUUCAACUGAA